AUGGACGAUCCCUGUGGCGCGGCGCGCGAGAAAUGCGACCGAGGGCUUUGUCGUGGAUUUGCAGAAGGAAGCGCGAUGCACGAAAUGCGAGGUGAAAUUAACGAAUCGAUCGGAUGGCGAGGUCGCGAGGAUAAUCGCUCCUCAUCGGACCUGCGACAGUGGCGCGCGUCGGGUGCUGAUCACGGUGGUUUCGCGGUGUCUCGCGGCGUCUCGCGAUUGUCUCUGGGUCUGUCUGAAACGUCCUCAACCGGGAAGGGGGAGGUGCGAAUGGAAGGGAAGACGGGAGUCGCGCGACGAUGGACAAGGAUCAGGGGGAAGCCGGAGAGGUCGGAGCGGAGGAGGGAGGAUGCAAGAAGGAAAAAGGAAGAGGCGGAUGGCGAAGAGUGGAUGAGUGUCACAGUGGAGGAGGGGGGGGGGUGGGAAGAGUAG